AUGUCUGCCGUCGCAUCCAGACCCUUCUCGGUGGCAAACUCGUUCUACGAGUCCGACGGUCGUCCCAGCACCGAGCACGCUCACCUCGUCGAAUCCAACAACAAGACACGAGGUCUCGUUCGUGCCAUCAGUCGCGAACGGGACAAUCUCGCCCCUUCCUUCCGUCCGCCAAGCACCUGGACUCAGCGUUCCAGCCACCACGACGUUGUCUGGAAUGGCGACCACGACCAGGAUGCAAACGACGAACAGUUUUCGGAUGCCGAGAGCUGGGAUGGCGACGCUCCAUCAUCGUCGCACGCCGUCAACGGCGCCGAGUUCGAUGCGACUGCCAGCGUCUAUGGCCAUGUCCGGCCCAACAGCAUCGCCAGCUCCAUCUUUGCCGGCCGCGGUGCCAAGUCCGAGCGCAGACGACGGGAAGCCGCGCCGCCUCUCCCGGCGCUUCCACCGUCACACCACCUGCUCGGCAGCGAUGCACCCGCACUGCUUGGCCCGUCCGCCCAGAAUAUGCUCAGUCCAUGGAGCGAUGCCGAUGGCUUUGAGAGCAGCAGUCAGUACAGCGAUUACGAUGCAAGGACAGGCGCAGCAGACCAUUUCAAGUUAGCCGAUGGCUUUGACAUUCAGAACAUCUCGUCGUCCAAACCAUCAACUCGUCAGUCACACUACGACCAAGCUGCCGACGCGGUGGCACAGCCAGUUCCUUCACGCAACUCGUCCAAGACCAAGCCUCCUCUUCCCGCCAAGGCCGCUUCCAGGGGCAGCAACGAGUCGCCACGUCGAGAUGGCUCCUCCUCCGACGCUGAUAGUCCAUGUCGUGCCGUUGCCACCUCAAAGCCAAGUCCAAAGCGACUACCGGACGGCACGCUCAUCCCCAAGAUGCCUCCCGUGCCCCAAAGCACUGACAUCGCCCGUUCUCUCAAGCCAAAAGCUCGACGCGACCGAUCGCCUAUCCUCUCCUUCGACGGAGGCGUGGCUGAAGAGGAAAAGCUGCUGGGCGAGCUGCAAGGCAAGAUCGCAGACGAUGCGCGCAGAAUCAGCACGCUCGGUCCUAAGGUCAAGAAGAACGCUCCGGCUCCCUGGGAGCUGGGUGGUGACGACACGGUCACCGCCCAUGGGCGACCUUCGCUGCGUGAAACCCUGCGUCCCGGCGCGGAAACGUUCGAAAGGCCCUUCUCCCGCUUCAAGACGAGGCCAUCUGUUGAUGGCUCGCAACCCGCGCCCAGGAGCCCCAACCCCGUCCAUGCGCCGUCGGGUCUAGCGCACGCCGCUGCAUCGCUCGAAUCAGAGGCCCAAAAGGACGACGACAUACAGUCCUUGUUCGUUUCCCAGCGUUCCCGCUCCAAGAGUGUCUCAGGUACCGCCGUUGGCAUGCUCAAGGGUCUGGGUCUUGCAGGGGCAGCCGCACCGGCAUCCAAAAAAGGCAAGCUGUCCAAGGCUUUGCGUCUGGUAGGGGGUGGCGGUGGUGGCGGGCAACUAACCUCGGCUCCGCUCUCGGAGCUCAGUGCAUCUGCCAAACUUAAUCAACCUGGGUCGAGCCCCAUUCGUGCCUCGACUUUCGGAAGCGACUUGCCGCACAGCCAUUCGACUCGCCAAAUCAACUCAGGCGCUACGAUGCAGUCUGAAAGCAAAAGUCACGCCAACUUGGUCAACAUGAUCAUGUCGAGCAACACCAAGUUUCGCGACCAGGCGUGUUCUCCGCCACUUCCGUCGCCCAAGGGCGCAACGAUGCCUUCACCGCAUCUCGGUGGUGUUCGUUCGCUGGCCUACAAGAAGGACCCACUGAGCGCCGCGGACAGCGCCAGCCUCGCCAGCGAGCUCAACCUCAACGCGAUGGAACGCGCCCGAUCGCGAACACCGCCUAUGCGCCAAGUCAGCGUCGCUUCACACUCGGCCAUCUCCACCGAAGACACUGCCGUACGCAACAGCAGCGUCGGGGGCGAAGGAACCUUCGAUUCGUUCCCGGCCGAGGGAGAGUCGACGCCGGUCGGAAAGACGAGCGCAGAGACGUCGUCCGCUUUGCGAGCUCGUCCUGGUUCCCCUUCGAGUCAUCGAGCUGGCAUCGUGUCGGCCUCGUCGAGCCAGACGUCGGGCAGCCUUCCUCUGCCCGGAAAUAUCGAGGGAGUGCCCUACAAGCUCAUCUCACUCGAGGAAGCACGCGAGCAGGCACGUCAGAAGCAGUCCGAGUGGCUCGCUUCUUCGGGUGCUACUGGGGCAGCUAGGACGUCGCCGUACCUUACCUCUGGCGAUGCUACCGCUUACGAUGAGCUUGGCAUGCAACGUGACGCUUCGAGCGAUGGCCAGUCCAGCAUGCGUCUGCUCAAGAAUAAAAAGAGCGGCUUCCUGCUGCGCAAGCUCAAGAAGGAAAAGGGCGUCAGUGUCGACUUUGACGGCGUCUCGACCUUCCCGACGAGCGGCAGCAACAAAGACUUGGCGCGAUCAAGCAAGGCGUCGCCCAUGCCAUCGUUCUCGGUCACGGGCUUGGACGAGGAGAACGACGAGCUCAAGCCGCUAGCCCCCAUAGAGAAGCCGGCGCUGCAGAUUCGACCCGUGUCGUCCAUGUUUUCCGGGUUCGCGGCCGACUUCCUAGACGCAUCUGCGCUGGCAGAUGGGCACGCACCUGAACCGUCGAGCAGCUCCUCGGUGGGCUCGACCGGUCUGCUCGUACCGCACAGCCCAGCAGGGCAGUCGUUUUUAACACCUUCGCCGGUGCUUUCCGAGUCUGGGCGGUUUGCGUCCGGUAGCAGCUUCAGCAGCAAGCCCAAGCUGGCCGAGAUCCGACCUCCGCCGCAUGGAGCUGCGGUGCCCGGCCCCACUGUGCCCGGCUCUGCCGAAAGCAACUGGAGCGGGAUGGGCGGGGCCAGUGGCGCGAGUCGGAUGCCUAGCCUGGACGCGGGAGCAAGCACGUCGGAUACGCAAUCGCAGUUCCACUCGCCAGCCAACUCGCCGCUGACGCCGUCGUUCCACCACUCUGUGCAUGCACCGGCUUCGUCUUCGCACAACGCAACCACGCCGUUGAUCGAGGAGACGGCCGCCCUUUCGCCGCCGGCCAGCCCACUGAUCCCGGAAGAGGUGCGGCAGCGCGCUCGUGAGAUCGAAGCGCAGAUCCAGGAGCUGUGUAACGAGCUCACCGAGCUGCGUGUAAAGCAUGUCGGUCAAGGCACUGCACCCGUUUUCCGACCGAACAGCGUAGCAGAGGAUGGAGAGGGGCGCAAGGAGCACGGUGCAGCGGUGGGGGAUUGCCCCGCCUGCGGUUGCGAGUGUGCUGAACAGAGGAGGCUGCAGAGCAUCAACGAGGCGGCGGUGCUCAAGGGCAUCAGCGUGCUGGAUAGGGGACGUGCACUCAAGCCUUCAGCGAAUAUGGGCAGUACGGGCAAGUUUGGCGGCUACACCAAUCGCUGA